UCAAUUUGAAGUUUUGUUUCUUUUCUUUGGCCUGAAUUUGAAGUUUUGUUGCUAGAACAAAGCUUCGAGCAAGAGACGAGACUGUUGUGAGCUAUCAGACUGCGUUCCGCGCUUCGGGGACACGGAGAUGAAAAACGUGCUGAGUUCAGAUUAGCCGAAGGCGACCGCUUUCAUUAGAAGUGUUCGAUUCUUGAUGUUUGAUUUCACAGGUAAUUCUGAUCACUUCAAUGGCGGGCAUGGGCUCAGGGACAUCGCCACCAUCGGUGAGGUCGUGGAGGACCGCUUUCUUGACUCUCAGAGACGAAAUCCUUACCCCCCCUCCUCGUACUUCGCUCGCCCAAAUGCUAAAUAAUCUCAUUUUCUCCCAUUCACACGCUUUGUUGUCUGCCGUCCCUGAACUUCCUUCUCACGAGGUUUUGUCCGACAUUUUGUUUAUGCUGGAGUUGGUUGCAACUACUUCUGCCAGUGAAGAAGAACUGACUCAAGUCUUUACGCAAACAUCACGCUUGAUCCAUGAUAUAUCUCGUCGCAUGGAUUUGGAAAUGAACGCUCUCUCGUUGACCCGUCUCCUUAAUUGUUUCGGGAAGAUGCUGGAUCUUUUUAUCGGGAAGGCUAUCAUUGGGGACGAGCUAAGUAGAAUUGGAAGUAAUACUUCAAUGAGACAUGCGAUCGAAUGUGUACAGGCUAUCAGAUGUAUUACCACUUCAUCUCAACAAAGAUGGUUGCAGUCUGAAGACAUGCUGCUAGUUAAGUUCCUACUUAACAUUAUUGUGAGAACUCAUGCUGUGCCAUGUUGGAUGCCUCGUUCAACUUGUGAAGAAAGAUCAGCUACUGAGACAUCGAUGAGGUUAUCUAGAGACAGCAGUUCAUGGGAAUUACAAGGUGUAGCUUUUUCUAUGCUUGGUGGAGCAAUGUCAAAAGAUGGGUCGUCCUUUCCAGUUGAUAUCUGGAGAUCAAUAAUUGAGGUGCUUCGAAAAAUAAUGGAUGGCUUGGUAUCACAAACCCCAAUUGUGGAAGACAUUGUUAUGUCCAGGUUUUAUGAAUCCUUUCUGCAUUGUUUGCAUUUAGUUAUUUCUCAUGCCAAAUGUUCUGUAUCAGAUCAUGUGUCAGUUUUUGUAUCUGUCCUACGGAUGUUCCUUACUUAUGGCCUUAAUAGCAAAAUACCACAUACUUGUCUCCUCAUCGGUAGUGAGGAGAAGUGUCCUAGUAUGAUGAUUCCUAAGGCAAGUUUGGGUCAAGGGAACAAGUCCAAUCGUGGUGCAUAUAGGCCUCCACACUUACGCAAGAAGGAGUGUACAAAUUUGAAGCAUAAUAGGGCUUGGCAUUCUCAUUCUCCAGAUAAUGCAGAAGAGAAUGAAUGUUCUACUUCCUGUGUUGCAUCUUCAGAUUCUGAUUUCAGUGAUGGUGAUGGACCAGCUAAGGAUAGUGAUAGUGUGCAGAAGUCUAGGGUCAGAGUAGCUUCCAUAAUUUGUAUACAGGAUCUUUGUCAAGCUGAAUUUAAAUCCUUCUCCACACAAUGGUCCAUACUUUUUCCUACCACUGAUGUACUACAACCAAGGAAGUCUGAUGCAACUCUAAUGACAUGCCUGCUGUUUGAUCCAUAUUUCAAGGUGCGGAUGGCAUCUGCGUCGACUCUUGCAGCCAUGUUGGAUGGUCUUUCAUCCACUUUCCUUCAAGUAGCAGAAUAUAAAGAAUCCAGUAAAUUUGGAUCUUAUACAGCGCUUUCGAAUUCCCUUGGGCAGAUUUUACUGCAACUCCACAGAGGUAUUCUAUAUUUGUUACAACACGAAGCUAAUGGUAGGUUGCUAGCAUUGCUGUUUAAGAUUCUCAGGCUGGUGAUAUCAUCAACACCAUAUUCGAGAAUGCCACCAUAUUUGCUGCCUAAUGUUGUUACAUCUCUGAGGAGAAGGAUUGAAGAGGGUUUUCGGUUCCAAAGUGACCCGACUGGUCUAAUGGGCUCUGCUCUUGGUUGCUUGUCAUUGGCUCUGUCUACCUCACCUUCCUCAGCUCAUGUCAGGAAGAUGCUUUUUGAGGAGGUUUCUUCAGUUUCCAGUGAGGCUGAAAACAAGUCAGGUGUUCUUUUUAUGUUAUUUGAAUAUUCAGUGCAAUGGAGCUCUCCAACCAUUUGCCUUGAGGCACUCCAGGCACUUAGAGCUGCAUGCCACAAUUACCCCAACAUAGUUUUUGAAUGCUGGAAAGACAUUUCUUCUACUGUGUAUGCCAUCCUUGGUGGAGCUUUCCCUGAGGUACCCUCAAGGAGCUCAAGUAACUAUGUUGGUUGCUCUACAGUAUUUAUUGGGGAAAAAGUUAUUACAGUUUCUAUUAAGGUUUUGGAUGAGUGUCUUCGUGCAGUAUCUGGUUUUCAAGGAACAGAAGAUCUUUCAGAUGAGAAGCUAGACGAUAUUCCUUUUGCAUCUGAUUGUAUCAGGAUGAAGAAAGUCUCAUCGGCUCCAUCUUAUGAGCCAGAUAGCAGAGAUGAAGGUAUAGUCUUUUUUAAAGCAUGUGAAUCUGGCAUCCAGCUAUGGCAUGAGGCGAUUGAGAAGUACAUACCACUUACAUUAGGUCAUUCUUCUGCAAUGGUGAGAGCCGCAUCAGUCACUUGCUUUGCGGGUAUGACUUCUGCAGUAUUCAUAUCUUCCACUAAGGAUAAACAGGAUUUCAUUAUGUCAUCUUUAAUUAAUGCCGCAUUACACGAUGAUGCACCAUCAGUUAGGUCUGCUGCUUGUCGAGCCAUUGGUAUCAUCUCAUGUUUUCCCCAAGUUUGUCAGAGUGCAGAGAUACUUGACAAGUUUAUUAAUGCUGUUGAGACAAACACUCGUGAUCCCUUAGUCUCAGUAAGGAUAACGGCUUCAUGGGCUUUGGCAAAUAUCUGUGAUUCUAUCCGUCACUGUGUCAGCUAUCUUCCUUUUGGAUGUACAGGUACACAUGCUAACCCUGAGUUGAUCAUAUCAUUGAGCGAGUGUGCUUUGCAUUUGACAAAGGAUGGAGACAAGGUAAAGUCUAAUGCUGUGAGGGCUCUUGGAUAUAUUUCAAGAAUUUUUAAAUGUUCAACUUCAUCAAGUUUCCAGGACAUGUCAGUGGACCAUAUGGACCGUGGUACUAAGGCCUUUACCUCUGGUGAUGAACCAAAGGUUUUUCAAGGGUAUAAUUCAUACUCUUGCCAGUUGUAUUCUUCAGAAGAUACUCAUAGGCUGGAGAAAAUGGUUCAGGCAAUUAUUUCUUGCAUUACAACAGGGAAUGUUAAGGUCCAGUGGAAUGCUUGUCAUGCAUUAGGCAACCUAUUUCUGAAUGAAACAUUAAGGCUGCGAGAUAUGGAUUGGGCUCCAUUUGUUUUUGGUAUUCUUCUGCAAUUAUUACGUGAUUCAUCAAAUUUUAAGAUCAGGAUACAAGCUGCUGCUGCUUUGGCUGUGCCAGUGACAGUGCUUGAUUAUGGGAUAUCCUUCCCUGACAUUGUGCAAGGUGUAGGGCACGUGAUAGAGAAUCUAGGUGUGGACUCAAAUUCAGCACCAACAAAUUUCAAGUAUAAGAUUGCAUUGCAGAAACAGCUAACCUUGACGAUGUUACACGUUCUAAGCUUAGCCUCAAGCACAAAGCACGAUCCCUUGAAAGCUUUUCUUGUGAAGAAAGCAUCAUUCUUAGAAGAUUGGUUCGUGGCUUUGUGCUCGUCUGUAGAAGAGGCAUGUCAGCUUGAUGCCCAAGAUAAGUCCAUUGAAGAUCGGAAGAAAGUAAUGAUUUCCAGAGCCAUACAAUCACUUAUGGAAGUGUACAACGAAAAAGAGCACCAUGCAAUCGCUCAAAGUUUUGAGGAAUUGAAAAACAAAGUAUGUGCCGAAUGAUAAAUAUUCGUCUUUCAGUUUCAUGUAUACCAUUUUAGGAUGGAGGUGAGAGACUCUGGUUAACCGCCAAUCAAUAGAAGCAAGACAAGGAUGGUGAAGCGCAUAGAAAAGCUCCUUGCAGUGACCGUGAGAGAAGCUGAUGACUGGACUGGCGAAGGAUGUAAUGAAAUUAAGGAAGACGGUCAUUGGACAUUGUGUCCCAAGCUAUUCGGCAUCUGAGGUAUCUUCAUGAUUAGUGCUUUUUACCUCGGAAUGGAAUGGAAUGUCAAUUUAGAAAUUCCUUUUUGUUUUUCUUUGUAUUAAUUCUCAUCUUUUUAUAUCAAUUUCUAGAUAUGUAUAGGCUAUGUUAAGUUAGACAGGCUAUAAGCUGAAUUUUGAGUUAUGUGCAUACAUUCAAAGCUCUAGUCCCCAAGCAUUUUUUAGGUCACUUAAUUUCUUCUCUUUUAGGGGUAAUGUUGUAAUUUUGUUUUUUAACACUUGAGAGUAGCUCUCCCAAUUCCCAAAUACAUUUUAUGCAUUUACACA